AUAAACCUGAAAAUGAACCUAAAGAUGAACCUAAAAAUGAAUUUGAAGAUAAACCUGAAAAUGAACUUGAAGAUGAACAUAAAGAUGAAUCUGAAGAUAAACCUGAAGAUAAAUCUGAUGA